CACAUAUAUAUAUAUUCGAAAAACUGGCUAUGUAGGACUUCUUCAUCAGAUCAUAGCAUCAUUAAAGUAGCUAAAUAAUGGCUUCUUACCUGAUUACCGGAACCUCUCGUGGCCUCGGCCUGGAGCUUGUCUCGCAACUAGCAGCUCGCCCCGUUGAAGACGUCCGCCUCAUCAUUGCAACAGCCCGGAAUACCGAGGCUGGAGCACUACAGACACUGGCUACAGAGCAUAAGCAUCGUAUCGAGUUGCUGUCUCUUGAUGUUACUUCUCAGGAAAGUAUUUCUGCGGCUGUCAAGCAAGUCGAGACUCUCCUCGGCGGUAAGGGUCUGGACGUCCUGGUCAACAAUGCUGGAGUCUGCACCUACAUUACCGGAGCCAUUGAUCAAAUGAACAACUUAGACGACGUAUUCCGAUCGAAUGUGACCUCUGUGCACAUGAUGACAACAUCAUUCAUCCCUCUUCUGAGAGAAGGAGAUUCAAAGACUGUCGUCAAUCUUUCCACGACAGUCGGUACGUUUGGAAUGCAAGAUUAUUUUGCCGCAGUUCCUUGUCCGGCCUACAAGAUCACCAAAGCCGCACUGAACAUGCUCACAGUCCAGUAUGCACAGGACUAUAAGAAGGAGGGCUUUACCAUAAUUGCAUUGACACCCGGCUGGCUUCGCACAGAUCUUGGCGGCGAAUAUGCCGACCUCAGCGUCCGACAAGGUGCGACAGGUUCCUUGGAAAUCAUCGAAAGGGCGCGCAAAGACCGUUCGAUGACUGGAAAACUCUGGAAUGUCAAAGUUGAGGGCUACGAAAAUCCAGAACCGGGGAAACAGGUAUAUGAUGGUGGCAAUCCAGUAUGGUAGUGUUGUCAAAGGCCAUGACCAAUUGGUAUGGGAAAGAUUUAUCUUGGGGAACUAGACCACGAGAUGGUAUCAUGAUGGGUGAUUGGUCUGGCGACCGUUUAACAGCGAGGAGCAGCACGAGGCGGUGCUAGAGCGAUGACAUUCCAUCGCAUUACUUCGUAGAAUGACAUAAUAAAAAUGAGAUGAUGUCUUCUCAAUCCUCCG